UUGAAGAUCUAUUUAUCAGAGAGUUUAUGUAUAGCUAAUCUGGGGUAUCAAAGUGGCGGUUUGCCAAACAGUGUAACCCAGUAGCCACAUCUUGGGUAAUAGGGGCAGCAGACGUUGCAAGGCGGACAGUAUUUGCAGUAGGUUUUUUUGUCAGUGAAGGCGUGGGACGUUUGGGAGAAGGUUGGUAGAACUCCAUGUGAUUACCCACCUCUCCUCCUCAUCAUCAGACAGCAACUGCAGUUCCCUCCCCUGACGCGCGUGCAGUCGUUGUGCAGAAGCCAGGAAGACGGUGGGAAAUACAGCAGGGAUGCUCAAAGUGAGCAUCUAAGGAUCUCCACACCCUCUUUAUUUCGCGACAACUUCCAUAUUUUGCCAGGAUAACGUUGCUAUUUUGAGAGAUCCAAGGCGCUCGGAAAGGUUUCUUUCUCCUGGCACCUGGGCAGCAUCUGUCCUGUCUGACGUGAAACUGUUUAUCUGAGGGGAGGCAAGACUUAAAGCAUCAUCAUGAAUUUUGUAAUGAAGGCAGCUAUGGGAGGAGGGCCACCUGAUGUGGGCAAGAUGAUGGGAGGAGACAAGGAAGAGCCCGACCCCGAUGCAGAGAAGAAAGAGGAAGAAAGACAAGAGGCUCUGAGGCAGCAGGAGGAGGAGAGGAAAGACAAAUAUGCAAAGAUGGAAGUGGAGAGGGAAUCAAUGCGACAAGGCAUCAGAGACAAGUACGGAAUUAAGAAGAGGGAGGAGGCUGAGGCUGAGGCCCAGGCUGCUAUGGAGCAGUCUGCAGAGGGCAGUCUGACCCGUCCUAAGUCGUCCGUGCCCAAGGGCUGCGGAGACGACGACGACGAAGAGGAAAGCAUCAUGGACACGGUCAUGAAAUACCUCCCUGGUCCUCUCCAAGACAUGCUGAAGAAGUAGCCGAGCAACAACGUUUGUUGGAGUUACAUUAGGUUGUUACGGUAUCAUUCUAGGUGAGGAGUUUUAGAUUACUUUUCUGCCCCCUUGCAGCAGAGAGUUAGCAACGGAAAUUAAAAUAAAAAACAUUCCUCGCUUCACCUGUUUUAGGUUGGUUGGAAAAAAAAUGAUAAGUGAAAAAUAAUCAUACGUCUUUCUAAAAACAAAAACAUCAGAGAAUAACACUAUAAGCCAUAUUUUAUCUUUAAAUGAAAUUUGAAGAAUCAUAUCAUGAUGUUAGGGUAAUGUUUGGUUUUGUCUAUGAGGUUUAUGUGAAAAUGUUUGCACACACGUACGUACGUAUAUAUGUCCAUAUACUGUGUCGUCAUGUCUAGCCCGGUGUAGCCAUACGGUCAUGGCGUAGGUCUAAACUAAAUUUUAUAUUCCAAUUAUGUGUACCUUACGUCUUUGCAUGCCAUUUGUCAAGUCAAGUUGUGAAUAUGUACAAUAUCCUUUUUUCCUCUCUUAGUCACGCAAAAUUAUAUGGCAAUAACUCUGAUUUUGAAUGUGGUUAUUUAUCAUAAGGUAUGAUGUAAUAAUGGUUAUAAAAUGUAUGCAUUCAGGAAUUUCAUUUCCAUUUUUUUGGGAUGGGGGAGGAUGACCACGGUGUAUCAGUACUACUUAACACGUUAUGCUUCGACAUUAAACCGGAAUUCAACAACAACGCUAUCAGGAUUUGCUAUAUAUUUAAAAAAAAUCAUGAUUUCUAAAGCUAUUACAAAAUCUGUGUUGACUGGAGGGCUAGCUUUUCCAUCACCUGAAUAAAAAGGGAAAUCGGUUGUUUUCCCACUGAACUGCCAGAAGCUUGGUCAAAGUCAUCAUUUGCUAAGAACAGUUUAAGAAUGAAGAGGGUACUAACGCUUGAUAAUUCUGUUGUACUUGGUUGUGGGUUGGUUGUAAGAAUGUAGUGUUGGUAAUCAGAAUGGAAUGCUAUCAGCAAUAAAGGGCCAUCAUGUAUGUUCUGCUUGAGAAUUAAUAAAACUGGUUCACAGACACAAA